UGGGCGUUUCCAUCUGCCGCCCUCCAAGUGGUCGCCGCGCAACGUCGCGCGCGGAUUGACGGGGGCCUUGGGCCAAUCGGAGCCCGCGGCGCGCCGGGGAGGCGGUGGAAAGCGCGGCGUCGUUUUUUCCUCGCCUUUUCCGUCCAUUUUCACCUCGUCACCGCCGCCAUUCUUUUUAAACGGGACAACAUGGCUACCGCGGCGAGCCGAUAUUACAGCGAAGACGGCAGGGCGUCGAAAAGACAGAAAACCGACGGGAUGGCCACGGGCUAUGAAGACCCACACAAGACGCUUCCUUCUGUGGUGGUGCACAUCAGGGGUCUGGUGGAUGGCGUUACUGAGGCGGACCUGGUGGAGGCCCUGCAGGAGUUUGGAGCCAUCAGCUACGUGGUGGUGAUGCCUAAGAAGCGGCAGGCGCUGGUGGAGUACGAAGACAUGAACGGCUCAUCCACGGCAGUCACCUACGCCGCAGACAACCAAGUCUACAUCGCUGGCCAUCCAGCUUUUAUCAACUAUUCAACCAGCCAGAAGAUCUCCAGGCCGGGGGACCCUGAUGACUCCAGGAGCGUUAACAACGUUCUGUUGCUCACCAUCAUGAACCCCAUUUACCCCAUCACCACGGAUGUUCUUUACACUAUAUGCAACAACUGUGGCCCUGUCCAGAGAAUUGUCAUCUUCAGGAAGAAUGGCGUUCAGGCCAUGGUUGAAUUUGACUCUGUGCAAAGUGCACAACGGGCCAAGGCCUCUCUUAAUGGAGCCGACAUCUACUCUGGAUGUUGCACACUGAAGAUAGAGUAUGCCAAGCCUGCUCGUCUGAAUGUGUUCAAGAAUGACCAAGACACAUGGGACUACACCAACCCCAAUCUGGGAGGACCAGAUGGUGAUGCAGAUGGCAAUGGGAGCAAUGCAGAAGAUGUGAGUGCCAACCCCAACAAGCGCCAGAGACAACCUGCUCUGCUGGGCGACCACCCUCCAGAGUACGCCGGUGGUUACCAUGGUUACGAGGAGAGUUAUGGAUCCCCACCUUAUGAGGGUCGCCGCAUGGGUCCACCAAUGAGAGGCCGUGGAGGGAGUCGCUAUGGUCCGGGCUACGGGCCUCCUCCCCCUCCUCCGGGGGAGUACGGAGCCCACGCUGACUCUCCCGUCGUCAUGGUGUAUGGUCUUGACCCAGUCAAGAUGAACGCAGACCGGGUGUUCAACAUCUUUUGUCUCUAUGGCAACGUAGAGCGGGUGAAGUUCAUGAAGAGUAAGCCUGGGGCCGCCAUGGUGGAGAUGGGAGACUGCUAUGCUGUUGACCGCGCCAUCACUCACUUGAAUAACAACUUCCUGUUUGGACAGAAACUCAAUGUCUGUGUGUCCAAGCAGCAGGCCAUCAUGCCUGGCCAGUGCUAUGAGCUGGAAGACGGCACCAGCAGCUUCAAAGACUUCCACGGCUCGAGGAACAACCGCUUCACCUCCCCCGAGCAGGCGGCCAAAAAUCGCAUCCAGCACCCAAGCAAUGUGCUGCACUUCUUCAAUGCCCAGCCGGAUGCCUCAGCCGAGGUCUUCUCUCAGAUUUGUGACGAAAUUGGAGUCAAGAGCCCCGUCAACAUCAAAAUGUUCACAGGAAAGAGUGGCCAAGCCCCCAGUGAGCGCAGUGCAUCAGGCCUGCUAGAGUGGGAAUCCAUUAACGACGCCAUGGAGGCCCUGGGGAUGAUGAACCACUACCAGAUGAAGAACGCAACUGGUCCCUAUCCUUACACCCUCAAGCUGUGCUUCUCCACCGUCCAGCACGCUAACUGAUGCGCCCCUCGUCUGCGUGGAGACUGAAGAACAGUCCGUGAUCCCUCAUCCACCCCCCUUGUUCAUGUGUACUUAAACCAUAACCAGCCCUCGACACACCCAGGCCAAGCAGUAUUUUUACAGCAGUCGGAUACUUUCCUGUAUUGCAAUUGGAUUUCCAUGUGGCUAAAUUUGGUAAACUGGGCACGGUAUGAGGAUUUAUUAUCAAACUCGGGGCCAAGUGUUUGAACAGACUUGGUUUUCAGUACCCUGGUUGUGUUGUCGAGUGUCUGUACUUUGUUUUUGGCGUGUGUUCAAUAUUCCGCUGUCCUUUAUAUUUUGUUAUUUAGCUUAUACGAUAGCCUGACAAGUGAGAAAGUAUAUUUCAAAUGACUUUUUUUUAUGCUCAGGUGGUUAUGUGGAAAUGAAAUGCUUUUUGUAUAAGAUUUUUUUGUUCCUUGACCUUUUCAUAUAGCUAACUUGUUGGGAUUUUUUUUUUUUUAAUUGCUGCCUAUUUAGCACUGCACCUCCACAGGUCUGGUAUGCAGAGGGAGAGUUGUAAUAAAACAAAAAUCAUUUUGAAGUUUCA